UCAGCUGACUUCAGAACGCGACCGAAAAAGAGGAAUAAAUAGAAAUAAGCUGCUGCAGCACGCGUUCGGGUCGACGGCGCAUACAAUAUCAAAACAAAUACUCAACUCCGUGCGAAGCGUAAACAGCGCAAUCAACUGAAAUCAGCACCGUGCGAUUAGACAACUUUAAUAUACAACAUUAAUUUCGCGCAAAAUCAAAUCAGAACCGCGUGUCUUUCGUUUCGCUCCCCGCAUUUUCGUUGCACCCCCGCAAUGCUUCCAAUGCAUUUGUGAGUGCGUGUGUGCGUGUUCCGUUACUCAGAUUCAAUGAAUUCACCAAGCAGUGCAAUAAAAGCGCAACUAAAACAAAAGUGAAUUUCCCACGUGCGCCGUCUUAAGUUCAGUUGUAGCUUCUUUUCGUUUUGUUUUGCUGGCAUCCCUCUCCAACUCUUGCUCAAAUCACCGUUGCUUGGGCUCCACGCAGCCGGCUUUCGUAUUAUCGUUGGAUUAGGAUUCAUUAACGGUACACCCUCGCGUGGAGACAAAAAAAUGGUGCAGGCUCUCGACUACGACUGCGAAGUGCAGGGCCAGGACAUCCCGCAGGCCAUCCAGCUGCUCGGGGAGAUGAACAGCAACGUCAAGCAGGUGACCGACUUGGUGGAGGGCAUGCUGCAGCGGGUGAAGCGCGGCGAGCUGACAACGGAGUACGGGCUGAGCUUCCUGGAGGUGAAGUACCACAUGCUGCUCGACUACUUGAUCAACCUGACCUACGUGGUGCUGCGCAAGUGCUCCGGCGAAACCAUCGAGGGCGACCCCUCCAUCGAGCGCCUGAUCGAGAUUCGCACCGUGCUCGAGAAGAUCCGGCCCAUAGACCACAAGCUGCGCUACCAGAUCGACAAGCUAGUGAAGACGGCCACCACGGGCGUGUCGAGCAGCACAGACCCCAUCCUCUAUAAGCCCAACCCGGAUGACAUGAUGAGCAGUGCAGCCGGAGCAGGCCGCGACGAAGACGAUGCCGGGGACGACAGCGAGGAGGACGAGGACGAGGAUGAGGACGACGAGGAGGAUGGCGCCGGAGCAGCGAAAGUACCGCGAAGGGCGGCCACCGCUGGCAAGACCGGGGUGUACGUGCCACCUCGCAUCAAACCCGUUUACUACGACGGCGACGAACGCGACGCCGACAAGGAGAAAAAGGCCAUGGACCGAGCCAAAAAGCGGGCCAUCACGUCUUCCAUGCUGCAGGACCUCAAGGAGGAGUAUCUGGACGCUCCUACCGAGAUUUCCUCUGGCUCGCGGGCCCAGCAGAUGUUGUCCCACGCUCAGAAGGAGAAACAGGAAUACGAGGAGACCUACUUGAUGCGGCUGCCGGUGACCAAGGCGGAAAAGCAUCGCCAGCGCAAACUGACCACCCUGGGCACACUUGGUGAUGAAAUCCUUGGCGAGAUUAGUAGGGAAUCUGCACUGCGCGGCGAUGGAAGCAAAAAGCGAAAACUGGCCAAAAAGGGCAAGGGAAAGAAACGUGGCGGGAAAAAACGGAAGUUCCAUUAACUGCAUCCAGUAGUUUAUAUACAAUGAUAAAAGUUUAGAAGAGUUUACAAUUUCAAUUGAGUUUUCCAUUACUUUUUAUCUGAUUGAAUUAAAGUUUUUUUUAUAUAUUUUGGUACUUCGAUAUUGGUUAUUUUAAUUGUGUAAUGUUAAGUUUUAUAAUUUAAAUUUUACGAAUGUUUUAUUAAAGAUCACCUUAUACUUUUUAAUAAAAAAUACAAACUUGUUUAUAUUUGUUUUUACUUAAGUUUCAAGUUGGAACAUUGCAAAGUAAUUUAUUUUCAGGUUACCCAUUAAGAAUGAUUAUUUAUUACGCUUUUCUGCGUGUAAUAAUUCAUAUUCAAAAUAAAACAAAAAAUACGACAUUUUUGUUUAUGUAACCUGCAUACAAGUUUAAACCACAAAAUUGUCAGGUUAAGUUGAUUAAGAGACCUACAAAAAAUUACAUACUAACAAAGUAAACAAAAAAAAAACAGUAAAGGGAAACUUUGUCUAUUACUGUAUUCAAAAUUAAAGUCAAUUUUCGAAUUAAAAUUUGUAUCUUAAGGCACAGCAAAAUUAUUGAUAAAAAUACAGCCACAUUUCGUUGUUUUUAGGAGUCACAAAAAAAAUUAUAAAACUUUGGGCAAGUGUUAACUUUUGGAAUCUUAAAUUUUUCAAAUAUUGUUUCGAAUCGAAAACCAAACCAAAUUCCAAAGCAUCCAAAUUAAAGUGUAAAAAUGCAAAACCAAACUAGAAACAAAUGAAAAACAGAACUUCAGUGACAAAAUGCAGAUGCCUUAACAAGAGACCGGAUUAUACAGUAAGAACUGAACGAAAAAAAAACAUUUUGACGUAAUCUUUUUAGUUGACGUACAUAAAGCAAUGAUCGAAGGAAAGACUAUAAAACUAUGAUAACGUAAGCCCCACCCAAAAUGCAAAUAAAAACAAAAAAAUUUAAAAUUGAACGAACAUAUUUGAUAAACUUAUAAACAAUACGCAAAAGAAUUGUUAUUUUGUUUUGAAAGAAGAAACUCCUAAAAACAACUGAAUUUAGACACAAAAUUUUAUAUAUUUCUUAUAUAUCCGUAAAAUUAAAAUUAAGCAACUCAUUUGGACAACCCAAAAGAAAAGAUAUGCUACGUCCACUUGAAAAGAUUUUAAACGCAUAGAGAAAUCAUAAACAUAAAACGUUUAUGAGAAACUCCUAUUAAAAAAGCGAGGAGUAGUUGGAGAACUAUAUAAAAAAUAUUACACUGUGUACACAAAAAAAUAACAGAUUCAUAGCAUUUACCUUUUAUUGAUUUUGGUGUUUUAAGUUUAAGUCUAAUAAGAUAAAUAGCCCAUCACGAGAAGAUUUAAUGAAAUCGAGUUUUAACAAUUAACUUGUAAAACCAUUAAUAUUUUUGCUUACACUAUAUUGCCCAAAUUAAUAAAAUAUAUAAUUUCUUCAAUUGUAAGCCGCUAUAAGUCUUCUCGUGAUCAUUUUCUGACGAAAAAUUGGAUCAUCGGAAUUUGUAAAAGGUAAAUUUAUUAAAUUAUGUAAAAACAAAGAAACAAUUUUGUACACAGUGCAAUUAAUACAUUUAAAUGUACAUGAUAACAAAGAAAAAUAGAAUUAAGUUAAUUAAGGCAGCAAGCAACAAAGCAAACUUUUGGCUUUUACAACAAACUUUGACUAAGGAUGAAAAUUUUUUCAAAAUUUCCAUGAAAAACUUUUUGGCUAUAGAUUUAAAAAACAAGCAACGAUAGGCAGACAACCGAAAAUUACCACAUAAAUGCAAUAGAACUCAAAAUUAUUUACAGGCAGCAAACAACAAGAUGUUUUUAAAUGUAAUUGAAUAAAUUAAUUUAAUUAAUUUAUUUAUGUUAGAAGCUGAAAGACUGAAUAUGUUAAAAUGAAAACCAGAAUGAAACCAAAACAAUGAAGCGAAAAGAUAAGUAUUUUUUCUCAAGUGUGUGUAUGGACUUAAAUAAUUUUAAUAGCCGAAUUUCUAGCACAAAUUUUAAAACGAAUAAAAAAUUUAUUUUUUUACUUUCAGAAUUUGUUUUUCGUCGAUACUUUGAGUUUUUUUGAUUUCAUUCAGUGCAAGUUGUUCAUUUCUGUGUAAGUAAAUAAAACGAAGAUGGAAACGGAUACAAAAGUUAAAUAUAUUGCAAAAUGUAAAGACAACAAAAACAAAGUGAAAACAACCAAACAAAAGUCGCCUUAGCCAAGCACCACAAAGCAAAAAGAUAUGAAUCGAAAUGAAACAAAAAUUUGUAUAACCAAAUAAAAUACUAAACCUAACUACGAAUUAUUUGUUGUAAUUUAAUGUAAUAAAAACUGAUACACAACAGCAAAACAUUUACAACAGAAUAGUGCAAAAGUUCAAAAACAAAACCUAAUGUAAUUUAAUUUUUAUAGCCAAAGGAGAAAGGAAUCAGUGAAAGACGGAAGCGAUCGGAUUAACGAAGAUGAUUGAAGAAUUUAGUUUUAAGCAACCCUAAAAAUUCUAAACAAAACUUACUGAUUACUUAGUGAUAAAUAUAAAAUAAAUGUUUUUAAUCAACAAUAAAAUUCGAGCUUAAAUUAUUUCCAAAAACAGACCCCUAACUUCAGAUUGGCAUUAUUUUUUGAAAAUUAUAUUUCACCAAAAGUUGAAAUAAUGUAAAAAAUUUUGAACUGGAAAAAAGAGAACACGAUAUUUAGUUCACUGAAAAAAUGUUUAAAUUUGAACGUGGUUUGCCAUCAUACCUAUGUAACAUACAUAUAAGUUUAAUUAUCUACCAAUUACUAAUAAGCUAAAAAUUAUUAUUAACUAACACUAAAUUCACCAGAAAAUCUGAAACUGAUAAUAAAUUACAAACAACAAAAAACGA